AUGGCCCCCGCGGCGAUGGUCGAGGUCACCGAGACCCUGUCAACUCCGAUCCCAGUGUAUGGAUCCAAGCUGUCCAAGUCGGUUAGUGCGUCAGUACUCUACGGACCGCGUGACUUGCGUCUGGAAGAGAGAAAGAUUGAAGAGCCUGGUCUUGGGGAGCUCCAAAUUGCCAUCAAAUCUACAGGCAUCUGCGGCUCCGAUGUAUCCUACUACAAAAAAUUCGCCAACGGCGACCUCUGUGCUAUCCAUCCUUUGUCGUUGGGACACGAGUCUUCCGGGGUGGUCGUCGCGAUAGGGGCCCAGGUUUCGGGCUUCAAGCUUGGCGACCGAGUUGCGCUUGAGGUCGGAGUCCCUUGUGGCAGCUGCACGAUCUGCACCAAGGGCCGCUACAAUCUUUGCAAGAAGCUUCGGUUUAGGAGCAGCGCGAAGAGCGUCCCCCACUACCAGGGUACCCUUCAGGAACGUAUCAACCACCCGGCGCAAUGGUGCCACAAACUUCCUGACCAUGUGUCUUUCGAUGCUGCUGCGCUUUUGGAGCCGCUCUCAGUCGCUCUCCACGCUGUCAACAGAGCGUCCCCAGCCCCCGGAUCUACCGCCCUUGUAAUUGGUGCAGGUACCGUCGGUUUGCUCACUGCCAUCAUGGCCCGUCAGGCCGGCUGCACGAGGGUUACGAUUACUGAUGUUGAUGCCGGCCGUGUCAACUAUGCCCUGACGAAAGGAUUUGCUACCCAUGGUUUCGUGGUUCCUAGAACCUCGUCAGACGCCUCGUCUUCUAUGUGCUCGUCUGUGUGCUGUGGUGGAGAUUCGGGCACAUCGACACCUUCAUCCGGCAUUAUGACACCAGCGAGCAUUUAUAGCCAGCUGGAACACGCCAGACGGUUGGCGCAAGACAUCUUGGCCGUGACGAAGAACCCCGACGGCUUCACCUUUGACGGCGAUGAGGAAGACGAUGACGGUGUUGAUAUCACAUUCGAGUGCACCGGAAAGGAGGUCUGUAUGCACACCAGCCUCUAUGCGACUAAGUGUGGUGGUAAAGUCAUUAUGGUUGGCAUGGGAACUCCUAUUCAGACUCUUCCUCUGUCCGCUGCUCAUCUUCGAGAGGUUGAUAUUCUCGGCAUCUUCCGAUACGUCAACACAUACAAGACUGGAAUCCGGAUCCUAUGCAACCAGGGCAAGGGCGUAGCCGGUUUCACGCUCCCCAGCCUCGAUGAUAUGGUUACUCACCGAUUCAAAGGACUUGAAAAUUCGAAAGAUGCCUUUGAGUUGGCGAGUCGGACCUCCGACGACGACGGUAACCUCGUCCUGAAGGUCGUCAUCGAGGCCUAA